AUGGCCGCAGUCUUGGCCAUCUUGGCCUACGGGGGAAUUGAAGGUCUUCCUCAGCGAGCCGGUCUGGUACUCUACGGCUAUCCUGUGCAUCGUCUCGUGCAGCAGUUGAGUCCGACAUGGCGUGGAAAGUGUGGAAAGUGUGGAAAGUGUGGAAAGUGUGGAAAGCCCGAGUGCGCCGAGUCCGAGGAGUCGGGGCCGAGUGCCACAUCGGGACAGUUCGGCCGACUACCCGAGGCACCUGCCCGAGACGAUUCAAUGCAGUUGACGCCCAGCUCGAUUCUGAGCCGGGCGACGCGUCGAGAGAAGCAGCCGUGGGGGAAAAAGAAGGUCAGGCACGACGGAGUCCCGUUAAUGCGGAUCUUCGAACUUCUGGCGCUAGCAUCGCGGCACCACGGGGAACCAUAG